AGUUUGUGCAAAUGGAAUUCAAGCUUUUGUCCCACUCUCUUUGCGUCUGACUCUUUCAACACGCUUCCCGGACGUGAAGCUUCUACCCACCAGACCUGAUCAUCGCGUACGUCAUCGCGCGCCAGCCCGGGCACGGUUGUAGUCAUCCAGUCAGGCUGCAGUCAUCCAGUCGUUGUAGUCAUCCCCGCUGUCUCCACUGUUGCACGCACCUCUUGUUCAACCAUGGAGAACAACCUUUCUGCCGCCCGAGCAUCUCGGCGCCACCUCGAAGAGCGCCUUCGCAACGACUGGGAGUACCCCGACGUGCCCGCAGUAUGGUCCGCCUCAGACGAGGAAGUGCGCGACGCUGCCGAUUUCCGCGAGCGCUACUAUGGCGAGUCUGAAUCUGGCGACUCGGAUCACGACGACGAGGAGGGCACCGGCCCAUACAGAUUCGAUAACCCAGAGAGCAUCGGCGAUGCGGUAGCAAGCACCAGAGAGGCGCGCAGGAGGCGUCGCAAAGAGAGGCUCGAGCGCGAAAUGAAAGACAACGAGGGACUGCGCAUCUGGGUGCAACGACGAGAUGUGUGGACAGGCGCAGCGAGCGUCAAGAAGUACGGCACGAAUCGACACACGGGCUACUCGUCCGAAGAGCACGCUGUCACCCCCACGGGCUCCGAGGCGCAUUCCAUCACCAGCGCCACGCCCGACACGUUUGACCUCGUCCCCGUCGCCGCGCCCCUCCUCGCCGACAACCCAAUCCGCGCAUCCAUCACGCCCAAAGCCUACAAGGACAUCUUCCAGAAAAUCGUAGUCUCGUCGCGCACGCCCUCGGUCCCCAUCAACCUCGCAGACAUGACAAAGGCGCUGGUGCAAGGCUGGAAGGACACGGACGAAUGGCCUCCGCGGGUUGGACCGCCCGAACCUCUUGCUGGUAAGAAGCGUUCUGUCACUGGCGCUGCAUCGAAUGGACACCACGGUGGCUUCAUUGCGCGACAUCCUCAUCUAGAGAAGAGCGUCGACGGCAUGAAACGCAUUCUACAUCUCAACGGGCAUCAUGAGCACGGGAAUGGGGAUAGCAAGGCUGAGGGUUGAAAGCUGAGGCUGGAAAAGCACUUUGUUUGGAUCGAGUCAGUGUUUGUUUAAACAACGCUGAUGCAUCCCAUGACAGGCAAUCUCCUCUUCCACCACGCUUCUCACAGCGGGUCCAACGACAGAACCAACCAACAAGCGCCUGCGCCGGUGAACAGUGUGGAUUUGCUCCGCGCUUCAGCAUUGCAGCGCGUCUCCUCGGCCAAUACGAACAGAAGCAACCUAUGGUCGACUGGGUAGGACAUGGUGCAUGUGUAUCGUCUCGACGUGGCCU